UGCCGUGCCAGUCGGGGUUGCUUAAUGAACGGAGCGCAUAGUGAAGACCCGAGAGCAUUGAGUGUCUGUGGUGAGAACGCGCUCCUCUUUAUCAAAGCGUACAGAUGGUAGCAAACAACAUAAUAAUUACAGUUACUCUUACAUAUCUGGUAAUCGAGCAUGCAGGGGACUUGUUGAAAAGGGAAUUGUGAGCAAGAGAGAGUUUUAGACUUAAGAACUUGUAGGUUGAUGACUUUCUUUCUCAGUUUGAGGAUUUUGGAUACUUCUGCAAAUACCUUUAGGGUUACACACCAGUAAUGUGGGUCUGAAAUACCAGAAGAUCUGAUUUUAACUUGCUCAUAAUUUUGGUAUGAAGAUUUGUAUAUAACCAUUUAAAAACAUUCAGCUGGGCCAGGGAACAUUUGAUCUCUAACCAGUGUUUACAUAAAACUAUUGACUAGUGUGGGAUUUCUCAAUUCUGGAAUUUGAGCCACUGGACUAAAAGGAAUCUCAGCAGAUAACAUGAGCAACGAAGAGGUCACAGACAUAGCUAAAUGUACACAACCAGCUGUCAUUAAAGAAGAGGUAAUCACAGAAGGAAAAUGGGUAAAACUUGAGAAGACUACCUAUCUUGAUCCUUCUGGAAAAACAAGAAUCUGGGAAACUGUGAAAAGAACAACAAAAUCUCAGACUUGUUCUGCUGAUGGUGUAGGAAUAUUUGCUACUUUGAAAAGAACUCUACAUUUUGACUGCCUUGUUAUGGUUAAACAGUUCAGACCACCAAUCGGAUGCUAUUGUCUUGAAUUUCCAGCAGGUCUUAUUGAUCCUAAUGAAACAGCUGGGGCAGCAGCAUUAAGAGAGCUAUUGGAAGAAACUGGGUAUAAAGGGGAAGUGAUUGGCGUUUCUCCAGCAAUUUGUUUAGACCCUGGAUUAACAAACUGUACAACACACAUUGUGACUGUCAACAUUAAUGGCGAUGAUCCAGAAAACAUUAAACCUAAACAGCAGCUUGCUGACGGAGAAUUUGUGGAGGUGAUCCUAAUACCUGUGAACGAGUUUCACAAGAAAAUUGAUGAGAUGGUGAAGAACGAACACAUUGUAGUGGACUCUAAAGUUUAUAUCUACGCCAUGGGAAUGACUUGUGCAACAACAAAACCAAACGAGCUGCCAGUUCUCAAAGCCUGAAUUCCCUUCAGACGUCAGUCACAGUUACACUUUCUAUGCCAAGAGCAUUCCAUAGAUGUAUGUUCAUUCAAUGCAAUCAAUAUUGAAAAAAAGUUUGUGCCUUGUUUGUUUUUUUUAAGAAAAAAAAUAAAAAAUUUUACAAACACA